UCCCACCAACUCCUGCUCUUCCGAUCCCCAACGCGCCGCCGGCCUCGCCCUUGCACGCGGCCCAGCAGCCAUGGCGGCGCACGACCUGACGGCGCGCCUGGCGCCGCACCUCGACCGCCACCUGGUGUUCCCGCUGCUGGAGUCCCUGCAGGAGCGGGGGCUCUACCCGGAGGAGGAGAUCCUGGCCGCGAAGCUCGACCUCCUCGGCGGCACCAACAUGGUCGACUACGCCAUGGCCAUCCACAGGUCGCUCCACGGCACCGACGAGGUCCCCGGCGGCAUGGUGGCGCGCCGCGCCGAGGUCGUCGACAGGCUCGUGGCGCUCCAGCAGACGGGCCCCCCCGCGCUGCCGCUCUACGCUUUCCUGCGGGACCCGCAGCUCGUGCAGCUGCUCAGGCCGGACAAGGAGUACAACGUCCACAUGCUCCAGGAGCGCUUCCAGAUUGGCCCUGAUCAGAUUGAGGCCUUGUAUGAUGAUGCUAAAUUUCUGUUUGAGUGUGGGUCCUACUCAGAUGCUGCUGCCUACCUCUACCAGUAUCGUGUUUUGUCCACAAACAGCGAGAGGAGUGUGAGAGCUUUGUGGGGGAUGUUGGCAUCAGAGAUUUUAAAUCGAAACUGGGAUGCUGCGCUCGAAGAGCUUAAUCGCUUAAAGGAGAUUAUCGAUUCAAAGAACUUCUCAUCACCUCUAAAUCAGCUCCAGAAUAGGAUAUGGCUGAUGCAUUGGAGUCUCUUUAUCUUCUUUAACCAUGAAAACGGUAGAAAUGGGAUCACUGAUCUGUUCUUCCAAGACAGGUACUUGAAUGCUAUUCAGACAAAUGCACACCAUCUUCUGAGAUACCUAGCUAUUGCAGUUGUUGUGAACAAAAGGAGAAAGAAUAUGCUUAACGAGCUCAUUAAAGUCAUUCAGCAGGAGAAGCGUAGCUACAAAGAUCCCAUAACUGAAUUCCUGGAAUGCUUGUAUGUGAACUAUGAUUUUGAUGGUGCACAACAGAAAUUAAUGGAGUGUGAGCAGGUUAUAUUGAACGAUCCAUUUUUGGGAAAGCGCGUUGAAAUAGGAAAUCCCAACACUGUUCCUAUGAGAGAUGAGUUCUUUGAAAAUGCCCGUCUGUUUAUUUUCGAGACUUACUGCCGCAUACAUCGGUGCAUUGAUAUUAGCAUUCUUGCGGAAAAGCUGAACAUGAGGUACAAUGAGGCGGAAUUGUGGAUUAUGAACUUGGUUAAGAGUUUGAAACUGGAUGCCAAGAUUGAUUCAGCGUCGGGAACUCUUAUCAUGACGGUCAAUCAUGCUGAUGUACAUGAGCAGAUUAUCGAGAGAUUAAAGAAUCUUAACACGCGGACCUACAUGCUAGCGCAAAGCACUGUGGAACCAGCUCAGGCAGCAUAACUGUGUCUUCAUGAUGCGCCAAGAAUUACCAGCACUUUGUGCAGAGACGGGCUUUGCUAAUUUUGGACUUGUAGGGCUC